UUUGGGGCCCAUCUCGAUUAUAAAAGGUGGACAGCCCCGCCGUUGGGGCCUCAGUCGCUUGUUGUUACGGCAGCCGCCAGUCGGUCGUUAGUUUUUGUUUUCGUUCUCCGUUUGUUUAUACGCCAGCGACUCCGCCCCCUUCCAGCGCCACCGCCACCACAGAACUCGUUUGAAUUUAAACAACAACAAAUUUGACAUCCAAUUGAAAUCAUGGAAGCACUGGGAGAUCUACUGGCACCUUAUAGCGAACUCAUCGCUAAGGUAGCCGGCACAAUAACUACCCUGCAAUUUCUGUCUGGUGUGGCGCUGAUGAACGACAUCCGGAAGAAGGGUAGCAGCGACGUCUAUCCCGUGGGUCCAUUCCUGGGCGGAGUGGUGCUGACCGUUCUCAGCUUGAAGCUGGCUUACAUCAUGAAUGAUGCUGCGAUGAUCAACACCAAUCUGAUUGGUCUGGUCAUCAACUUCGUUUUCCUGGCAGGCUUCUACUUCUACGCUUCGAGCGGCAAGAAGGGCGGCAUCUGGAAGCAGGUCGGCUACUCCUCGGUCUUCCUACUGGCCACCACUGCCUAUGCCAACUUCGAGGACCCCACCAAAGUGGAGUUCCGUCUGGGCAUGCUGAUCACUGGCAUUCUGGUCUGGUUGGUCGGCUCGCCCCUUCUGCACCUGCCGAAGAUCAUUGAGAAGAAAAGCACUGAGGGCAUGCCCUUCCCAAUCAUUCUCUCCGGCAACCUGGUGGCCGUUUCCUGGAUGCUCUAUGCCAUUUCCAUCAAAAAUACUGUGAUGGUGCUCCAGAACCUACUGCUCUUUGUUUUGGGCGGCAUCCAGCUCUCCAUGUUUGCCAUUUAUCCAAACACACCGGUGGCUAAGAAGGGCAAGGACAGCAAGAAGGAUAAGUAAUCGAAAGCUAUGGCUAUGAUAACCGAAAAAGGACAAAUAAUGGGUUGUUGCAACAACAAAUUACCAAGUAAUUGUAGUUAGGCUCGAGGAAUAAUCAAAUUAUUGCUUGAAUUUACACUAAAUCGCCACAAUACAAAAUACGAAACUAAAAUUUGAGCUAGACGAAUUAUUUUUCUAUAUAUAAGAAAUAUUUUCUUAGAACAAAUCCGGCUAAGUCGCUAGCUAACCUAGAAUUGUUAUUAUAUUGACUAUUAUUGUAAAUAACUACUAUAUACUUGCAAUUUUUGACAAUAACUCAAAUCUUCCAAAUGCAUACGUAUUUAUAAAAUCAACAUUAUUAAUAAAAACAAAUCUGUUACAAAA